AUGGCGCCUCCAAUCCCCUACAUAACGCCAACCGCCUUUCGGUUUAUGACUGUGGUUGCAGGAACCCUGGUCGCGCUGGCGAGCGGAACUAAUUAUGUCUAUUCUGCAUGGGCACCACAGUUUGCAGAUCGGCUAAAACUCACGUCGACUGAUGGCAAUAUGAUUGGUGCUGCUGGAAAUGUAGGUGUAUAUGCAGUGGGUAUCCCCAUAGGAUAUAUCGUGGACACCAAAGGAACUAGACUGGUUGCUCUUUUCGGCGCCAUUGCCCUGUUCUGCGGCUACUUUCCAAUUCAUCUGGCAUAUGCUGCCGGUGCAGGCUCACUAAGUGUGAUAUUUCUAUGCUUUUUCUCCUUCCUCUCGGGAGUUGGAAGUUGUGCUGCGUUUGCUGCCGCAAUUAAGACCGGUAUGGGAUUAUCUAAAUGCUCCUUAACAAGCAAUAUAUCAGAUACUCAUAUAUGCACAAUAGCCGCGAACAACUUCCCCGACCAUCGAGGGUCCGCAACUGCGUUCCCACUCGCUGCUUUUGGUCUCAGUGCGUUUGGCUUCUCCGCGAUAUCAGCCAUGGCAUUCAAGGAUGAUACCUCCGAAUUUCUUUUACUGCUUGCUCUAGGGCCGUCAUUGAUAAUAGUAGUCUGCACGUACUUCUUACAGCUACUGCCCCCGCCGCCAUCAUACUCUGCUAUUUUGAAUGGUGAAUAUCCCGACUCAAAUUUAUUACUAAGAACUAAACCGACUGAAAAUAUCCAAGAGGAUUCUGAUACCGACUCAAACCGUGCCAUCGCGUCCUUUUCUUCUGCACAGGUUACUGCCGUACUGCCUAGUGCGAUCCAACCAAGACCUACGCCACCGGAUGCUGAGGCAGAUGAAACCUCUUCUUUGAUGAGUAGGCCCAGGUCCCUGAGCGAUAGUGGCAGUUUUUCCCAGUACGAUCAGGCAAAACACGGUGCCCACGCUGCUGGCCCCGAUAUACGAGGACUGAGUCUCCUUCCUACCCCGGAGUUUUGGCAGCUGUUUUUAUUGCUCGGUAUUUCCACGGGAGUUGGUUUGAUGACCAUCAAGUAA